GUUUAUUUACUAUUAUUAUUUUGUGUUUUUUUUUUGUCUGCACUCUCUUCUAAUUCGUCCCCAAUCCCCCGAAAACCCCUAUUCAAUCAAUCACUGUGUGGAUGGAUGAUGGUUGCAAAAGUCUUGCCAUUGAUUCUGACCGCACCUCAAUCGACAACCCGACCCACGUCGUAAUUUCCCUCGUUUGUAGCUUUCAGGUUUCGCCUCGAUUCGAGCCGUGAGCUUUGCAGUCCACAAGCGGUGGCCAUCUCUUUCAACCUUGCACCAGCCCCCUCAUCAAGCAUCCAUCACACCAGCCGGCAAGCCGAAAAGCCAUCCAGGCAAGCCGUGCAGGUUCAAACUAGUUUGAUUGACGCCACAAAGAGCUGAUUGUCCCCUCGACCUCGCUGCUCGUCCUCGUCCUCUCUGCGACCCAGUACGCAGUGAGUGGACCAUGUCUUCGGCUGUCCUGCAUGCCGCACCGCAAAACUCGACAACUGCUUCCGCUGCCCUGAACACGCCCUCUGGCAUUCCGGGCUCGCCCUCGAGCCGUCACCACUACCAGUCCUCGCAGCACUCGUCGCCUUCACGGGAAGGCUAUCAUGCGAACUUGCAGCAGCCCUCCUCCAACGUUGCCGCCCAACGCUCCUCUCGCCGCCCAAGCUCCCAAGACCACCAGCAACAACACAGCCCACCCAUCGCGUCACAGUCAAACUCUCCAAUGAGUUCGAGAGCCGCAAUUGCAUCCCCGGUGGCCGUCGCCCCGACUGGCGGCCCCGACUACUAUCAACCUACCUCUUCUGACCGGAGGAGACAUCACGCGCCAAUUGCACCCCCAAGAACCUCGUCGAGUCACCAGACGUCCGCUCCUGUGAACGGUGCCCAGACCUCGCGGCGACCGGCCUCCGCGAGUCAUCAAUCACAAAACUCGUCAUCACGACGCGCACCAGACCACCACGCGAGCAGUUCUGACCAGCAGCCCGAUCAAUCGUCGUCGAGUUCGCGUAGGAGGGAUCGCCACCACGCGCCGUCCACUGGCGACUAUCCUCCUCAACGUCAGGGCAGCACGCGCGACUCUAGGACAGCGACGACGACGAUGCCAAUCCGCACAAACACGGGCGGGUCCGCCACUGCUUCGUCGUCAAAACAGCCGUCAAGGGAGGCUAGCGAGAUUCUGAACAGCAUGCUGGUCUCGCAGCCCGAGGUGGAUAUUGAGCGGGAGAAGGAGCGCCUAGCAUUGGCCCAACCAACGUCUUCGGCUCACGAUGCCAGCGAGGCAGCUUCCGCGCCAGUCGUUCCGACACAAAGGAGCAGACAAGAUCACUCUAGCAAACGUGAGAAGCACACCAAGUUUGGCGAGUAUAUACUGGGAAACACCAUAGGAGAGGGAGAGUUUGGCAAGGUCAAGCUGGGCUGGAAGUCAGAAGGCGGGGUGCAGGUUGCAAUCAAGCUCAUUAAGAAGGAUGCACUCGGCAGCAACCCUAACAGGAUGCAAAAGAUUAUGCGUGAGGUUUCCAUUCUAAAACAACUAACACAUCCAAACAUUGUACGCCUUCACAAGAUGGAAGAGUCAGAGAGGCAUUUCGGCAUAAUCCUCGAGUAUGCCUCAGGUGGCGAACUGUUCGACUACAUUCUCAACAACCGCUACUUGAAAGAUAACGCUGCGCGCCGUUUGUUUGCGCAGCUCGUAUCCGGUGUCGGCUAUCUGCACAAGAAAGGCAUAGUACACCGCGAUCUUAAGUUGGAGAAUCUGCUCCUUGACCGCAACAGAAAUAUUAUCAUCACAGACUUUGGCUUUGCCAACACUUUUGAUCCCGCUCAGGAGUUGACCGAGGAGGAAGAGGCCGGGCUUUCCAACCGCGAAUUCGUCAAGCGUCUAGGGCUCGACAAGAUAGGCCCCAAUGGGUCUAGGAAAGGGGAUCUGAUGCAGACGAGCUGUGGCAGCCCCUGCUACGCCGCUCCAGAGCUGGUCGUCAGUGACUCCCUAUACACCGGCCGCAAGGUCGAUGUCUGGAGUUGUGGAGUAAUCUUGUACGCCAUGCUUGCCGGUUACCUUCCCUUCGACGACGAUCCUGCCAACCCCGAGGGCGACAACAUCAACCUUCUGUACAAAUACAUCGUCAGCACACCAUUAACAUUCCCUGAAUACGUCACACCACAUGCCAAAGAUUUGCUCAGGCGCAUUCUGGUCCCCGAUCCCCGCAGGCGAGCCGACUUGUUUGAGGUUGCGAGACACAGCUGGCUGAGUGAGUAUGCCCAUGUUGUCGAGUUCAUCACGAGCAGCACAACGACCCACACCGAGAUUCAAAACACCACGGUACCGGCCGAGGACAGCGAGAACCCGAGCUUGGGACGCAGCGCAUCGGUCAGAGAGGCCUCGAGGAGGACGCCCGUUUCGCCGACAAUUGGCGGCUUAGCCUCGAAGCAGGGUGGCAUCGACCAGGAAACCGAGUACGCGGCACGGCAACAAAAGGACAACAAGAGAAGAACCGUGCAGGUCGAGUAUGUGGCACCCACAACCCAGACCCAGAGAGGCGAGCCUGCUCAGCAGCAGGCUACUUCUGGCAAGACUCGGGCACGAUCAGGCAGCGAGGGACCCGUCGAGGUCGACCCCAGGUUGUCCAGCGACAAGCCACUACCCAGGGAUCCUCCGGUUUCCAAGGAAGUAUAUUCCAAGUCGUCGGUCCGCGGCGAUCCUCGAAAACCGCCAAGCAGCCACCGCAACCAAGCUUCCAUUUCAAGACCUCCGCAGAGUGGACGUAUUCCUUCGGAUUCGUACGUGACCACCAUGUCACCAGGAAGCAGGCCGGGUACCAGCGGAUCUAUGAAUGCGACGGGGGCCCGCCCCGUUGCAGGAGCCAGUCGGUCGUCAUAUGGGCAGCCGCUACCCCCAGCAGUGGCCGGCACAAAUGUGCACGGCAGAAUACAACAGCCCACAGAACACCAGUCCGAGUUUGGUCGGCCCGGUGCAGGUGGUGUUCCGUCCAAGUUUGCGCAUGUUCCAGGUGUGGCUGGCCACGACCAGCCGGACAGCCGCGAGGGAAGUGCCAAGGGCCACAGACGGUCCAACACUCUGGGCGAGAUUACGGGCAAGAUGUUUGGGCGCAGCGGAAGCCUCUUUGGUAAUAAGAACCGCAAGGGGUCCAAGGCGGACCAGCCGCAAACGCCAACGGAGGCCAAGAACAGGGAUAGCAGAAAGUACCCGCCAGUUAGCAUGUCGGCAGCACCGAAUCCCAACGGCGAAUACGAGCCACGGAAGAGCGUCGACUCCAAGCGGUCGCGACGAUCAUUCUCAUUUGGACUCGGGCCGAGGAAGAAGAGCGGCAGCAUCCACAAUGGUUCACAGACGUCGGUUGAUAAGCAAAACAAGCGGUUUUCAUUCAUCCCUGGCUCGAUCAGUCUCAAAGCAAUUGGCAUCGGUAAAGAGACGCCCCCAGGCUCGACACAGGGCGCAGGGAAUGACAGCCAGGUGGACCUCGGGUAUCAGCAGGAACACCUCCGAGAACCAUACCGACCUGAUAGUCAACAGCAGCAACAGCGGCAGGGUCACUAUGUCGACCAGAGGGUUAACGAGCAGGACCUUGAGGCAGCCGGAAUGGACGGCAUGUACGCGCAGCUGCACAGCCCCAGUGCCCCAACUUUUUCGACUCAGCAGCCGCACCAGCAACAGCAGCAGCAGCAGCAUUACCCGACGCACUACACCAGUGGGCAAUACGGAGACAGGCAAAUGGCAACAGCAGUACCGGGCUAUAUGCAGUCGGGCGCACACCUGCAGACGUCGGAAUCGGAAUCUUCUGUCAACGUACUGAGCCCUGAGCAACAGCAGUUCCAAGCCCACGGGCUACGGUCCGUCUCGGUCGACCAUCACCAGAAGCUCAUGGAGGCGCAGGGGGGACUGGGACCAGCGGGUAGGACAGGCAGUAGCGGAGCCGCGGAUAGGCAGGCGCGUGUGCUGCAGAAGAACAAGCGGUUCGUCGACGCAUACGACACUGAUCAUUCAGGCGGUGCCGACCAUGCUGGCAGCAGUGGUGCAGCAAGGAGAGUGAUGGACUUUUUCAGGCGAAGAGGGAAAGCCAGAGGUGGAGACGACAGGUGAUGAGGUUUGAUUCAGAACGUUGUUUUUUACGCCUACGAUCUCCGCUUUAAUGAAGCCCUUCCAUAUUUUCAUGUCUAUGAGGUUGUGUAUUUUGUUUCGUCGCGAAGGAAGUUUUCAAAAGAGAGCCACAGGAAAGACGCCAAAGGGGAAACGAGAAGGAGGAAGUACAUUGUUGAUUGUUUCUGGUUUGCACACUUGUCUGUCUAGCAAACACACGGAGGUUUCUGCGAACAUAAUGUUUAUUUGUUUAUUCUUUUCCCCCAUUCUACAGGCUUUAUAUCUCUGUGUGGAUUUGCCGCCAUAUCUGUGUCUCAAUUCUUCCCUCCCGUUUUAUUCUUCUCUGUUUUUUCACGCGUAGUGCAUCCACGAACAGAUAUCGUGGUCGGAAGAUAUUAAAAGCUUUGCAAUUUCUUCCCAGAGGAAACAAAAACAAAAACCGCAAAAGACGGAUCUCUUGUUGUUUCUUCUUGACUUCACUUUUCACAAAAGAUUGCAGCAUUUGGCUGCUGUAUAUCACGGUUUCAGCUUUUGUUUUCUGGCCUUUGAAGCCCUUGUUAUACUGGAUGGUUUACUUUUGGUUCUUCCCGUCUCUCUGUCCCCCUCUCGGGAGCUUUUGACCUCCAUUAUCUUAUGAGCGAAUAGAGGUCUCUUGAUUUUCCUUUCCUAGAAAGAUAUAGCUCUCCUUUGGGGGAACAUAGCCGUCUCACAACGACCUCUAUUGUUCUUUUUGGUCUGGUUCACAGAGCUGAGGGUGCAAUAUGGUCGGUCGGUUGUAUGAGUAACUUGUCUAAUGGGCGUAUAUACCUUAUGCAGCCAUGUCCAAACAGGCAGUCAAGAGGUGGCCCGAUUGGGUAGGUUGCUGGGCAGAGCGGGCCUCUGUCCUCUUCCCCUCACGGCCUGGGAUGCAAAGUUGCAUUGCCAGGCAUUGCCGACAUGGCUAUUCGUGGAAAGACUAACGGCCGAGUUGAAUGUCGUCUUCAUGUCUUGGUUGCGAAAUAUAUGGCCCGAGGGCUGGGAUGGGCAGUCACAUAGAUAAAAUGUAGGAUAAAAUCCAAUGCCCGGCGGCGUUGGACUAUUGCCGAGCUUUGCAUCCAUCUUUUUCGUUAGGACUUUUCUGACAAGAACAAAAAGGAUCCCUCGAAACGACAUAGAACCCCCCAACCAGAGCCUUUUUUUUUCUUUUCUUUUUCAGAAAAAAAAAAAAAAAAAUACACAAAAGCCAUGAAACCCGCCCUCCUCCUUGC